UGAAUCACGAUAUUAUUCAAGUGUAAUACGAGAAUUGUAAUCAUUGUGGUUUAGUAUUCUACAAAAGUUGCUCUACACACGAUGUUCAAAGCGAGCAGUGUCGUUUUCGUAUUAUACGCGUAUUUGUCUGUGGUUAUUACUCAAUACUGUAACCAAACUACCACCGGUUAUUACUCGACAGUGUUAACAUGUACCAAUGGUACGCGGUAUUUUCCACCUGUAACUGAAUCGAUAACUCAUCUGAAGUGUUUGGAUUGCAAUAUCUCGGUGCUGAAUAGGGAAACUAUUAUUACAAAAUUCGAAGGAGAAUAUUUCAAUUUGAGUGACAGUCACAUCCAAGUAAUUGGCGAAGAUGUCUUCAUGAACUUUUCCUCUAACAUGCGAGCCUUCAUAUUGGAAAACAACGAAAUUAGUGACAUCGCACCGAAAGUGUUUAACGGUUUUUCUAUUCUAGGCCAGAUUAACCUUCACAACAACAACAUUUCGCAACUACCACCUGGAGUAUUUAAUGGAACUUACACAGUAAGAUUAAUUUUAUCAAACAAUCGAAUAAGAAAUAUAGAUCACAUGUUUGAAGGUCUGACAGUUACAGCUGUAAACUUAUCACGAAAUGAAAUUGAGGAAGUGCACGAAGACUCCUUCCUCCGAACAUCAUUUCGCAAAGGACGAGAAUUUUCAGACACACAAUUUAUAGAUUUAUCAAAUAAUUUGAUAAGCAAACUAAACGCAGGUACUUUCAGGUGUUCUAAUUCCGAUAUCGAGGGAUGCAUUACAAUUUUAAACCUGAAAGGCAACUUGCUUACCAGAAUUGAAGAUGGCACAUUUUUAGGAUCAGAAAACUUACGUAUCCUAGAUCUGUCGGACAACAUGAUCGCCCAUCUAAGCUCCGAUUCAUUUCGAGGCUUGCCUAAUCUAAAUGAAUUACUUUUAAGAAACAACCGACUGCAGAAGACUGCCACUGGUAUCUUUGGACGCCUUCAGUACUUGGACGACUUGGACUUAUCCCAAAAUUGGCUUUCGUCGUUAAGCGUCAGUACCUUUACUGGAUUAUACACUCUUGAGACGUUAAACAUUUCGCAUAAUGCUUUAGCCGAUUUUAAUAGCUUUCACCUAUAUCCAUUGGGUCAAUUACGUACAUUAGACAUCAGCAAUAUCACUGUAUCAGAUCUGGAUAUAACGUCAAUGUUAAAACACCAUGUCGGAUUAAAGGUUUUCAUUAUAAACGAUAAUUUUUGGGAAUGUAAAAGAUUAAUGCAAAUUUAUGGGGAAAUGAGUGCCAAGCUUGCAGGUUUUCAUCGUCCCUCCCAUCAUUUUGAUGUCCCCAACUUGCACGGCAUCGCGUGUUCACAUAAUAAACUUGAUAGCUACAAAGACUUGUCGUUUAAUGACUUUUUGAGUGUAAUAUCCAAAGAAGCAUUAAAUGAUGAGUGGUUCAGUUCUGUGUCCAUCGAGGAGAACACUAAUCGCACUGACUUCUUGUCUAAUAAAUACGUAAGUGGCAUAUACGGCAUGAUGAUAUUUGUGGUUGCAGUUAUAGCUCUAGUUAUGGUUUUCUUUAUUGUGAAAUGCGUAUUAAAGUGCUUGUACGAGAAUAAAAUUUUAGAAAAUAGAAUCAAUUUAUGGUACGCGCGUGAAGAGGAAAGUGUGACUGUUUGUUCUUAGCUUACAUAAAUUUGCGAAUUCCAGCUUAUGUAAUACUAUUUAUUAAAUAAAUUG